AUGAAAUCUAACCCCAAUCCCGAUUUUUUUCGAAUAGAAGAUGAGGUAACUCUUUGUUUUUUACCGUUGAAAUGAAAUUCAAAUUUGGGCGCCAAUUCAAAAAUUGCAGACAAAUCUAGUGUGGCGUUUUCCGCUCGAAAUCUCACAAUCCUCGUUGGCCGGAAAACAGGAACUGUCGAAUGCGUGCACGUUGAUCGCGCUGAAAAUCGCUGAAAUUCUGCACAAUCAUCGCGUUUUUAUGUCGCAGGUUGGUGGUUUUGGAGCAUUUUGAUACCGAACAUAGGGAAAAAAUUUCAAAAUUUUUUUUCCAGAGUUUCUACCGUCAACCAGGAGGCCGUGAAUUCGCAAGUCCGCGUCGCGAAUUUUCUUUCGCCGCCGCAGAUUCGCCGCGAAUUCCUUCCGCGAUUUUCGCCGCUCUCGUCAAUGGCAUCAUCGAUGGCAAUGAGGCGUAUGCGAGUGAUGCGGGCGACGCGUCAACUCGCGUCUACAACCUUCCGGACGCUAUCAAGGCUUGCGGAACAACGUUCGCGGAAAUCGACUUCAAAUUGUGCCACGCGCGCAUAGCCGCGGCGCUUCCGCGAAUGAUUCGCGCAGCGAUUCGAUGGUGAGUGAUCUACACAAAAUUCCCGAAAUUUUGACACCCCAUAAGCCCCCCUUCCCAAAACAUUCUGGGUGGGUCCCAUCACGAUAAUAAAUAUACUGUAUGCACCUUUAAGCCCCGCAUUUUUGCCGGAUUCUCGCCUCGUUUUCGUCAUCAUUGGCUCAAUUCGCACAGUUUUACUGAUUUAUGAACGUGUCUCGGAUUCGCUGACACUUUUCGAUACUCACAUGCAUUUGUUAUAUGAUGUAGAUAGAAAUGGUGAGUUUUUUUUUAGCGCGAAAACAUUUUUUGGCUGGGUCUCGAAGCGAAACGUUCGAAAUUUAUCCAAAACACAUAAAGUUUGGUCUCAAACUGAUCGCUAGGCUUCUAGGAUUACUGUAGACACAUUUUUGAGUUUUGAAAAUCCACAGUACUCCCAGUAAGUCUCGCAGAGAAACGGGUACUGUAGAGAACUUGAAAAUUAUCCAAAACACAUCAAGUUUGGUCUCAAACUGAUCGCUAGGCUUCUAGGAUUACUGUAGGGCUAUUUUUGAGUUUUGAAAAUCUACAGUACCCCAGAUAGAUCUAAAUUUUUCCAGAAAACAUUCGCCACGGCGCAAUCAUCGCCACCUCCAAAAUGUGCCACGUGUCACAAUUCGCCACGUGGAUCGAACAUCACAUAUUCCCCGAUAUUCUGACAAGUUCCAAUGGUGAAUUCGAGAUUUCCCUGGUGAAAAUGGUGAUGACGUCAUCAGAUUCAGCCACCCAAAAAUUAUGUGACGUCACAAAUGACGUGGCACCAGUUGGAAAAUUAUCGAUUUUCCAUGAGAUUCAAGAAGAAGAACCUGAGGAACCUAAUAUGAGCAAUGAUGAAAAUAAUAAUAUUAUAGAAACUAAUGGUGAGGCGUACUGUAGGUAGAUCAAAUUUAAAUUUAUUUUCGGCAAAAAAUAAUUUUGAAAAAAUUUGCAGCCCCCCAAAAACUUUCGAAAAAACGACGUGGUGGCGAAGAAUCAGACGAAAAUCCCAAAAAACUAAUAAAAAUUCAAAAUUAA